AUGGCUUCUACCCCUUCGAGCGCGAGUGGUGGGCGUUCCCCAGGCGGAAGCAGUACCGUGCUGCCAUAUCGCAUGCAUGUCUCACAACGAUACCUCGAUUUGACACGACAAAAGCUGGAUCUUGCUCGACUUCCACGGGAACCCCAAACUCGACAAAAUCAGGCAAAUGUCGGCGUUUCCAAGGCACAACUCGAACCACUGGUCGACCAUUGGACCGAAGAUUACAACUGGCGCGAACAGGAAGCGUACUACAAUGAAGUUCUUCCUCAAUUUCGGCUGGCCAUACACGGAACGCGAAUACAUUUCGUGCACAGACGGUCGAACUCGAUGAACGCGAUCCCUCUGCUUGUCGCACAUGGCUGGCCUGAGAGCUUCAUUGCGGUGUCGCACGUAAUUGAAGCGCUGUGCAAUCCCGUGUCCACGCCGCCAAGGGGAGACGAGAACGUACCGACAUUUCACAUUGUGGUUCCCAGUAUACCCGGGACUGGCUUUAGCGAUCAGGUCGCAGAGGAAGGCAACAACAUUGCCACAACAGCAGAAGCGUUUGACGCGCUCAUGAAGUCUCUUGGCUAUUCGAGAUACAUCGCACACGGCUCGGGAUGGGGUUUCAGAAUCUGUCGGAUGAUUGCUCUCACACAUCCAGAGAGUUGUAUGGCGGUGCACACGGCAAACCCAGAAAUACCACCUCCUAGCAUGCCUGGAACACCGCUGCAGGUGCCGAUGCAAGUGCCAGUGACUGUGCCAGGCCUCUCACCACCCGUAUCGCCCGGUGCUCUGCAGCAACAACAACGCGAACGACCACAGACAGUAUCAUAUGCGUUGUGUGACUCUCCCGUUGGCCUUCUCGCAUAUGUCGUCGACGCCAUUCGACUACCACGACAUCAAUCGCCGCCAGUGUCGCGCUCAAGUUCUAAUAGUCCGAGACCGCCGACUUUGCCUGACCCGUGGUCACCAACGGCUCUCAUCAGCUGGGCGAUGAUGUACUGGUUGCCGGGACCUGAAGUUGCACUACGAUGGCUUUCCAAUUCUGGACCAAUGCUACAGAAUCUGUGGACGACACACAGCACCGUGCCAUUGGCCAUCUCGCAAUUCGGAGACCAGCAUUCAUCACAAUCGGCCCCGAUGUGGGCAGAGGCGUAUCAUCGAAUCGCCAUGGUCCGCAGAAGAGCUGGGAGCGUUCGGUUUGCCGCGUGGGAGCGACCGGGAGAGAUAGUUCUCGACCUUCGAGAACUUGCGAUGCUGGUGGCCCCCUCAUACUUCGGCGGUUAUGUUGGGCCUGGGGCCAUGAUGGAACACUAA